UUUUUUUUUUUAAAAAAAAAGAAAAUGGAUGUAUCUAAAUUUUCAACAUUAACAUGGACAAUUAUAUUUUUAAUAACAAAUAUGAUUUUAUCAUAUCUUUUAUUCAAUAUUAUAAGUUUAGAACCAUCAUUUUUAUCAAUUUCAAUUUUAACAAUUUGUACUCCUAUUAUAGUUUUUGCAGUCGUUAAUACUUUCCUGGCCUCUCCCACUUCUAAACCUUCACCUAUUGUUAUUACUAUUCCUCCACCUCCACCACCUUCUUCUUCUUCAGCUCCUUCUUCUUCAACUAAACAAAAGUCAAGUUGAGCUUUGUUUUAUAAGAAAACAAGAAUUUUAAAAGAAAUUGGAGUAACAUAAUAUUUAUAUGGAUUUCGGUGAAUAAUUUAAUUUCUUUGGGUUAUUUUUAAAUAGAAAAAUACAAGACAUUUUUCUUUCUAGAAGAUCUAAUUCUCUUAAAAAAAAUUAUUUAAUUUAAUUUUAUUUAAGGAUAUUUAGUGA